AAAAUCACGGAAAACCAACUUCUGCAGGACGCGCCGCCAGAGGGCGUCUCCGACUCGCAGCAGCCCUCCAACGACUUGGAGCUGGAGCGCGGGUGCGAUAAAGCGGGCGCCGAGCCCAUGAGCGUGACGGAGCUGUGCGCGCUGCCCCCGCACAAGGGCACCGGCAAUGACGACAUCUUCCGCUACUAUUACAAUCCCGUCGUCCAGAUGUGUCUUCCCUUCUCCUAUUCGGGCAAAGGCGGAAACUCGAAUCGUUUCGUUUCGGUGAAGAACUGCUACGAGAUCUGUCACCCAGCGGAUCCCAGCGUCAAGAAGCCGCGCGUCGUGUCCGCCAUCCGCGCCUACCUCGUGCCCAACCAGAAGAGCGACUGUCCCAAACCCACGCCAAUCACUGCGCGCGAGUACGUGGUGCGCCACCUCCCCCAUCCCCUGAACCCCGCGUACACGCUCAGUAUUGUGCAGAGCGUGCAACACGUCGACCGCCCCAAAGACAUGCACUUCGAUCAUGUCGAGCGCCGACUUCGCGCAGCAGUACGUCAUCAUGGACGGGAUCUGCGGGAGAGACAGUGUUGUCACGGCAACAGUACACAAGAAGGAGACAGAGUUACGGGUUUGGACGACGCCUGCGACGACACGACGACGACCUUGCCUUUGGUCGUCUCGAGGAACGGAAUGCAAAUGGAGAUCAACUGCAGAACGGAUCUGACGUUCGUUUGGAUCGAAGAGUCGAAGAGUUGA